AUGUCUGCACAUGGAAGUCCGGUGUCACAGCCACCGAAUGUUGCUUCGUCGUCGCAAGUGCCGGGGUUCCCUGCAGGUCCCUUCCCACAGGCUCCAGGGCCACAGCUUGCUGACAUGCAGGCUAUGCAGACGAUGGUGAUGUCGCUUGCUCAGACUGCGCAGCAGACUCUGAUGAUGGUGUCUCAGCAGAGUGCAGCGGCCAACAAGCCACCUCUUGACAAUAGUGGGGGUUUUACUUUAGCCAACAAGGUUCUCAAGUAUCCCGAGCCGUUUGGCACUGAGAAUGCCGAUCAGGAUGCGCUGGGCUGGCUAGCCUGGUCCACCAGUUUCCGUAACUGGGUUACCUUUGCAGAGCCUGCUUAUGAGAGCGAUCUAGCAGAAGUAGAGCAACGCUUGACUGAAGUGCCUCACAUUGCCAAUAUGCCAUCCAUUUGUCUUGAAAGGGCUAGGAAGCUGUAUGUGAUUCUAGGCUCUGUCUUGAAAGGGAGGCCUCUUGCAAUACACCGCGGCAUUGAAGAUCGCAACGGGUUUGAAUGCUGGCGGCAGUUAACCUGCCAAUUUAGCCCGAGGACGCGCUCCAGGUCGCUUGCGCUGCUGAGUGCAGUGAUGGGGCUUCCAGCAUUCACGCGUGACCGAACGCUGCGUGAGCAACUCAGCAGCUUCGAGCGGCUGAUCGCCGAGUAUGAGAAGGCCUCUGGCAAUGCACUUCCUGGUGAUGUCAAGCUGUCAGUUGUACUUAGAGCCAUCCCCAAAGCCCUGCAAUCCCACGUGCACUUGAGAAUGGACGCUUCUACGACUUAUGAGGACGUAAAGAACCUUGUGCUGUCGUAUGAAGUAAGUACUACUAAUUGGAGUGCCGCGCGAGUGCAGCAGGAGCUUGGUCUUGUCAGUCCCAGCAAAGGCAGUGCUUCCAUGGAAGUGGACCAAGAAGGUUCCGGUAAGCCGAAAGCCAAACCUAAGGCCUCCCCCGAUGCCGAAUGCCACGACUGCCACAAGAAAGGGCACUACAAGAGAGAUUGCAGAAAGUACAAAGCUGACCUUGCUGCGGGCAAGGUGCGUGCCAUCACUGAGGAUGAUGCUGCUGCAGGUGGAGAUCAAGGAUCACCGUCGCCCAAGGCAGCCGCCAAAGCAGCUGUGAAGCGCAUCAUGUUUGACAUUCGUGCUAUGCCUGGUGAUCCCGCUUCCUCCUCAAGUGUUAGAGCGAUUCGUUGUGCAGUUUCGCAUGAGCCGUGCCAGUCAGAUCCUUGUGCAGUUUCGGAUGAGCCGUGCCGGUCAGACCUGUCCAUAGGCCGCGUUGAGUCCACUUUGGUCCGAUGUGUGCCCAGUGGCUGUCCUGCAGAGUUUGACAUAUCUAGCAGUGACCAUGAUGGCGAUUGGGAUCUCAGCCCUGUUUCGUCACCCAUGCGUGUAGCUGCAGUCAGCCGUCACAGCUAUGAGCAACAGUUGGAGAUCUGUGUCGACACAGCCGCCGAUGAGUCAUGUCUGCCUCUUGACUUCGUGUGUGUUGGGUCUCAUGCGUCAGGUGAGCCACCGCUUGUUGACUGCCAGGGCAACACGAUUCACACCAAGGGCAGCCGAUUGGCCACUUUGGAAGCUUCUGGAGUCGAGCUGAAGGAGCGCUGGGUUGUGUCGCCAGUUUCUCAGCCGAUUCUGGCCACGGGCAAGCUGCUCAAGCAGGGCUGGAGGUUUCUUGACUUUGAUGAUCUUGGAAUGUGCCUGACCAGCCCGUGUCAUGGAGCGCGGAUCCCUGUGGGUUUCAGCAACAACACUCUUGUGUGCAAGGGCGUCAUACGCUCUAUCCAGGAGCCUCAGCCCUCUGCAGUUCGGGUUAUUAAGGUGCGCUUGACUGGCUUGCUUGACCGCCUUAUCCGCAGCACAGACUUCUUUCAGGAGAUUGCCCCUGGUGUACAUGCCACGAGCCUCACUUCGAAGCACCUUGUCGAUUUGAGCUUGUAUCUGCCUUACGAGGGUCUCGCCUACCGCACCACCUUGAUCAAGAUAGAUGGGGAUUGGGUUCUUUCCGAGCUUUCAUCUUCAAUCGCCGACCUUGGCGAAGACUUGACCACUCAGGUUGCCGAUCAGGAGGUAGAGAUGAUCGUGUUCGGUCAUCGUGAGCCGCUGGCACCCAGCGACCUCGGUUUCGCAACUGAUGUGCCAAUUCUUGAUGCGCCGGCCCCUGCACCUCCAGUGUCUUCAGCAGAUCCCGUGUUUGAGGAUUUCUUCGGUGAAGCAAUGCAGGAGGCCGAUGUUGAGUUAGGCGGCGGGGCUGAAGUUGAGUCAGCCGGCGGGGCUGCAGCUGAAGCAGCCGGCGGGGGCGAGGCACGCGAUGGUGCCCUUGAUGAUGCAGUGAUGCAAGGGGCACUCGCUGACGAACGCGAAGCCCAGCCAGACAAGAUUGUUGUCGAUGAUGUCGAACUGAGUCUUGACAGCACCCUGUCAGUGCUUCGCCGUGCAUGCCAGAGCCUUGGUGUCGGGAAAUCAGGCUCGAAAGCCGUGGUGUUCCGUAGGCUGUGCAACCAGCUUGACAGGCUUAAGCUGAUUGAGGCUAGUCGCGCCGCUGAGGUUCCGAAUGCACCUGUGCCCAAUGUGCCGGCAGCUCCGAAGGAGCCCACACCAGAGCAGCGACGAGCCCACGAGGCUGUACACGCCCCAUAUGAAGCAUGGUGCCAGCACUGCGUGGCCUUUAAAGCAAGGGAUGACAUGCACAAAGCUGCCAAUACUGAUCGCAAAUUUCCUGUGAUAUCCUUCGACUACGGCUUCACUGGCCGAUCGGAGGAGGAUGGCCCUCACAACAAGCUUGCCUUUCUGUGUCUUCACGAUUCUGAGAGUGGCUGGCGAGAGGCCAUCCCGGUGCCAGGCAAGGCAGGCGUGCAUGAUGGGAUCAAUGUCACCAGCUACCUUGCUGCUGAGAUUUGCAGGUUGCUUAGCAUGCUAGGCUACUCCAAAGUUGUGCUUCAAUGCGACCCCGAGCCCACAUGCUUGAAGUUACGCAAUGAGGUGAGGCGCAUGCGGCUACAGCUGGGUUUGCAAACUGAUGUGCAGCAGUCAGCUGAGGAAAGCCACCAAUCCAAUGGAGGUGCCGAGGUUGCCGUGCAAACGCUGCGGCAGCAGUGCAACACUCUGCUCUCGAUGUACGAAGCAGAGACCAAGCUUAAGGUCGCAACGGCCCACGCUCUCCAUUCAUGGUGCCUCCGGCAUUCUUCUUGGAUCCUGAACAGAUUUGUGCUGCGACCCGGAGGGCUCACUCCUUUCGAGAUCAUACAUGGCCGUCCUUACAAAGGGAAAGUGCUACCGUUUGGCGAAACUGUGAUGGGAUUGGUUUCUCCCGGGCCCAAGGGCAAACCGCGGUUCAUCCAGGCCAUCAUGAUCGGAAAGUGCACUCCGAAUGAUGAGUUCAUCUUGUGUUCUGGAGCCGGCAAGCUCAUGUUGGCCCGCACCGUGCGCCGACUUGCCACUGGCUUCACUCCAGCCUUGCACGACUGUGUCCGUGAUCCUCCUUGGCGCCACCCCGGGUUUGUAGCGGGUUCCUUAGGUAGGUCCCGAGCCCAACGCAAGCCGAAGGUCCUUCCGGCUGGCGGUGACGCAAGGUUGGUAGUUGAGGAUCAGCUUGGUGGGGUUUCCGACUUGCUAGGUGAGCUCGCGGCCUUGCCUGAAGGUCCUGGAGAGAUCCCUGAGGAUGCGCGCGAUUACAGCCCUUCUCAGGAAGCCGCUUCUGAUCCUGAGAGCUCUUCGCAGAUGAGUGAGGAUGACCCCGAUGGUCAUCGUUCCGGUGAGGCUGCUGCUCCCGCUUCUGGCGGCACUGACGCCGCAGAGCUUCCGUUGCAGUCUGGUGCCCCCGUUGCACCGCAGGCUGUUGCUACAGGUGAUCCUUUGUUGACCCUGCCACUUCAGUUGCAAGGGAACGUCCCAGGCCAGCAGGUGAGGAGGGUGCUCCAGGUCCGUGCAAGGAUUGCAGCCGCAACUGUGUGCGGUGUGGAGUACCACCAUGCCGACGAGGAUUCCGAUCUUGCAUUCUCCCCAGCGGACAUUGAAAGCAUCAAUGAUCUUGACGGCCUGUGUUCAGAUGAUGAAGAGGAGGAGUGUGAGCAAGGCCUUGCCCCUCCUGAUGAGCUUUAUCGGCCUUUCUCACCACAUGAGCCUGCCCUGAGCCCCGAGGAGCUUGCUGACCUUGAUGCGCUGUGCGACCACCACGAGAUAGCUAGGCUCAAGGCAAUGGGUGUGAUCUACCAGCCUGAGUCAGGCAAUGAGGACUGCAAGUCAUUGACGGUGAAGUUCGUCCGCAGCUGGCGACCGAAAACGCAUCCAGUCACUGAUGCCCCUGUGUGGCUCAGGAGAUCUAGGCUAGUGGCCCGGGAAUUCAGGUUCAGAGAUCCCCUCAGGGAAGGUUUGUACAGCCCUGCAUCCCAAACUGUGCUGCUCAAGCUUCUGCCAGGCUUGUACAUGUCUCGCAAAGGGUAUGCCCUGUUGUCCUGUGAUAUAUCAGACGCCUACUUGACUUGCGAGCAGCCGUGCCCGACCGUGGUGACGCUCCACGGCACUACGUACCGUUUGGCAUUUAUGCUACCGGGGCAGCGGGAUGGCUCAGCGGCGCUGUUUGCUAUGCGCAACCACUCCGGCGGAGGACUCCUUCACGUAGACGACUUGUUGGGGUCAGGCGAGCAUGCUGAGCUGCAGAGACUUGCGCAGAUCAUAGAGUCAAAGUACAAGUGCACUCUUGAGUGGCUUGUUUGCGAAGGCGACAGCUUGCACUUCUUGAAGCGCAAACAUACUUUGGCCCGUCAGGAUCUGCUUUGCAUUCAGAAAGCUGACAAACAUAUCAUGAAACUUGUUGAGCUUUUGCAGCUUGAGCGCCAUUCCCCGAAGCCCACUCCGUUGCCAUUGCAGACACUUGAUUUGGCCAAGUCAGAGCCUCUCCCAGAGGAUCAGGUGUCAGUUUACAGGUCGUGCAUCGGGAUUCUGAUGUACAUCUCUGCGGACACUGCCGAUAUGCAACAUUCCAUUCGCAUGCUCUCCCAGCACCUUGCCUGCCCAACCGAGGCUUGUAUGAAGGCCCUCAAACACCUGGUUCGAUAUGCUAAAUCAACCAGCGGGUUCUGCCUUGGGCUGGAGCGCACGCAUGCAGGACAUGGCACCAGAGUCCAGUGUGAUACCGGCGCCGACGUGCUGGAGCUGUACACAGACUCCGACUGGGCUUCCGACCACACCACACGCCGGAGCGUGAGCGCUGGGGCCUUGUACUUGAAUGGGAAUGCGAUUUACACGGCGAGCCGCACGCAACGAGUCGUAGCUAUGUCAAGCUGCGAGUCGGAGCUCAAUGCCCUUGUGUCUUUUGCAGUCGACUUGAUGUAUGUGAAGGAGGCCCUGCGGUUCAUUGUUGGAGUCAUUCCCGAAAGCCAUGCCUUUAGCGACUCUUCCUCAGCUCGUGCUGUUGUGAACAAGCAAGGGCUCUCCAAGCUCAAACACGUCGAGAUCAGAUUGCUGUGGGUUCAACAGGCCCUGAAGGAUGGAGCAUUCAAGCUCCACCCGGUCGGGACCCUUGACAACUCUUCGGACUUGAUGACCAAGGUGCUUAAGCGUGAGCGAAUGCUGUACUUGAUGUACCUCUUGAAUAUCAGGGAUGGUGAUGCUCAGUUCAAUCGCGUCGGAGAGGCCCAGGCCGCUGCUCGUUACAACAACCUGUCCUUGAAGCUUGCGGUUAAGGCAGUAAAGGCAUUCAGGGGACCCCCGCAACGGGUGCAUGCGCUCCUGCAAGCGCUGACCUUCAUGUCCUUGAUCGAUGCCAAUCAGGCACGCAUGCUUGACUCCGAGAGCCGUCCGCAUGUGCUUGAAAGCGCCUUGAGCGGUUGCGGAUUCAUCCUUGUGUGCAUCGGAUGCCUCGCGGUGCUAUGCAUGAGCCUGCAGGGUUGCCAAGCUGAGAUUGCAGAUGAGCUCCCCGACCCAUGGGUUGUAUG